CAGCAGAGCUCAUGGCGGAAGAAUAGAUCACGCCGAUCUGCACUGAAUAAAGCAGUGACUCCUGCUGCAGGAUGUGGACACUCAUCACUAUGGGGGUGCUGCUGGCCGCCUGCUCAUCACGAGUCUGUAGUGCCUCAAUAUUUUACAGCAGCAAAGAUGCAAACCAAGUCCUGAAAAUCCAGAAGCGGGCAAACUCUUUUCUCGAGGAGCUCAAACCGGGCUCUAUGGAGCGCGAGUGCCUUGAAGAGCUCUGUGACUUUGAGGAGGCCAGUGAGAUAUUUGAAACCAGGGAAGCAACACUAAAUUUUUGGAGCAAGUAUGUAGAUGGAGAUCAGUGUGACCCACAGCCUUGUUCCAACGGGAUCUGCAAGGACAAUAUUGGAAAAUAUUCCUGCAUCUGUAACAAAGGCUGGGAAGGGGUUUUGUGCAACUAUGAGGUCAAAUACACCAACUGUUCUGUCAAUAAUGGAGGAUGUGACCAUUUCUGCAGGGAGGACCCUGCCAACCAGUGCCGCUCCUGCAGCUGUGCCUCUGGUUAUCAGCUGAUGGAUGACCAUAUCAGCUGCAAGCCUGUAGUGGAGUUCCCAUGUGGAAGAGUGAAAAUUGAAGCUGAAGCAGGAUUCAAGAUUCGGCUCAUUGAGGGAAAAGCAGGAAGAAGGGGAGACAGCCCUUGGCAGGUUAUGCUGCAAAAUAGCAAAGGGAAAUUUCUGUGUGGAGGUGUUCUUAUCCAUCCAUCCUGGGUCCUAACAGCAGCACACUGCACUGAGGCAGAAGAGGGGCUCAAAGUAAGAGUUGGUAAAUUCCACCGUCUCCGUGCUGAGGCAGAUGAGCAAACCAUUUGGGUUGAUAAAUAUGUGAGCCACGAAAAUUACACCAAGGAGACCUCCGAUAAUGACAUAGCCAUGCUGCACUUGGCUGAGCCCGUGAUGUAUAACAAAUACGCGCUCCCCGUCUGCCUUCCCACCCGCGAACUGGCGGAACAGGAGCUGACACGAAGCGGGAGGCAGGUGGUGGUAACUGGCUGGGGCAGCACGAGUGAUGUUAACAACAAUUACUCUAAUUUCCUUGGUUACAUUGAAAUCCCCAUAGUUCCCCGGAACGAGUGUGCCCAAGCGAUGAGAUUUGCCAUCUCUGACAACAUGCUGUGCGCUGGGAGCUUAGGAGACAAGAAAGAUUCCUGCAGCGGAGACAGCGGGGGCCCUAUGAUCACUAAAUAUCGGGAUACGUGGUUUUUGGUAGGCCUGGUGAGCUGGGGUGAAGGCUGUGGAAGAAGGGAGAAGUUUGGAGUCUACACCAAAGUUAGUCGGUAUCUCGAGUGGAUCCAGCACCGCAUAGAUGAGACGUCAGCUUCUAGGAAGGGCUGAUUCCAAUACUGAGAGGCUGGAAUACUGUGGCGACGUGCUAGUGGCAGUAUGCAGCGUAAUGCACUGUCUGAUCUUCAGUAUUAAAUAAUGAGUAUAAGGUAACCUUGUGUGCUGUUUUCCUUGGUACUCGUGCCUUAUAUUUCU